AUGUCUUGCUUCCUUACAAUAUCCCCCCGGUCCUGGCUGGCGUGGGCCCAGCCAAUACGCAAGUUCUACUGCUAUCUGUUGAGCUGGAUUUGGGCAAAAGAGCCGGAAGUGGAUCUUGAACGCGCGGUCUUUGAUACGAAUUCAACACAAACAUGCAUAGAUAGUGCAGCAUAUACCCAUCGCCGGCCUACUUCAACCCACUUUGUUCAGUCUUCUACCAGUGGCAGCAUUCUCGCUCUUCCUAAUAUGGAAGACAGUUUCAAUUACAAUCAUAUAGGACCUCAGGAAGGGAAUGAGACUAUAUGGACGCCACCAUCUUUUGACCCUUUGAAAGCGGUCAAUCAUUCUGAAAGCGCUGUGUAUCGCUAA